UUUUGUCAAUUACUAUUCACGUGACGCUCAGUGUAUUAUAUACACGUGCCUUUUUAAACGUCAAUACAACGUUGCUUUUAAUGCGAAUUUCGAAAAUUGGAUUUAUUUUGUAGCAAUUGUAUUGUUCUUACUAUGUUUACAAUAUUCGACUUUCAUCGAGAAGUGCAUUUUGAGAUAGUGUCAUUCACCCGCAAUACGUGUAACUAUUGAGGAUUUUAAAUGUACGAAUACAGGUUAUUUCGAUUGCAUUUGCAUAAAUAGAAUAGUUUAUAAUGUAUAUUAUAACAAUACAGUUAAUUAUGUAAUCAGAAAACAAAGUAUCGAAAUCGUCGCAGUACACGUUUUCGUAAAAGUCAUGCUAAAAUUCACUCAGUGUUAUCCAAAACUUAGAUCAUGUGUACCUUAUUGGGAAUUUAUGAUCAUAAAAAGGUGUAAACAUCGAAAAGAUCUAAAGAAAUAUUAUCAGACAUUAGAAGUCGCAGAGGACUGUGAGGAUGAAACGUUAAGACUAGCAUUUGUUUAUCAAGUAAAAAAAUUUCAUCCAGACAGUGGUACAUCAGAAGCUAAUGCAGCUAAAUUUACUGAGAUUGAACAUGCUUAUAGACAGAUUCGUAAAGCGAGAAUGGAAGAUAGAGAAAAUAGUAAACACUUACCUGAGGUGGAGGAAUUUGAUAUCAAACAUACAGCACCGCAGCAUCGUCAUUAUUUGGUCUAUAAUGUAGGAAUUGGGACACAUAACAAACGACAAAAGUUGUAUACGAUCGAAAGAGCUCAGAAAGCGGUCGACAAUGUAUUAGAACAUAGAUUGAAAAAGUUGCAAGCCGAAGAGCGUAAUAGUUUAAUCGGGAUAGACAAGCAGCGAGCGAAAGAUAUUAAAACGCGUUUCGGUAUGGAUCGUUUGGUAGAAGAUCUGAUUCAAGAAGCAAUGAAUAGAGGAGAAUUUAAAGAUUUAAAGGGAAUGGGUAAACCAUUAAAAGAGAAUACAAAUACUCGAAAUCCGUAUGUUGAUUACGUUACGUACAAAUUGAACGAGGUACUGAUAGAGAAUGGAUUUAUUCCGGAGUGGAUACAGCUAUCCAAAGAAAUUAAUGAAGAUACGGAGAAUUUACGAAAGCAAUUGACAAAAGCUCGUAAUAAUAUAGGGCUUCUACCAUUAAGUUAUACCGACGAAAGGACUUGGAAAAAUACUAUAGAGGACUUAAAAUCCACAACAAAACGAAUAAAUAGUAAAAUCGAUAAAUACAACUUGUUGGUGCCCAUACUUCAGAAACAGAAGCUUCAUAUUAAGCUAGAUGACCUUGCGAAUGAAGCACUUUCAGUGCCACCGCGCAAAAAUGUUGUCGAGAAUAAUUCAAAGAAUAGAGAUACUGAUUUUUCUGUUAACAAGGAACCAGAUUUAUUUCAAACAAUAUUUUCUAUUUUUGGUAAAUAAUUCUUGUAGAAAAUAUAUGAUUUUCCAAUGUAAUCAUUGUUUAUAUCUAUUCUGUGAUAGAUCUAACACGUAUGAAAAUAGACUUAGAAAAUAUAUGAUACAUCAAACAA